CAAGUGACCCCUAAAAGAGGCAGAAGUGUUCGAUUAAUUAUCGAUCGCGUUGCACUUGGUUGCAUGUUGAUUCAUAAAUAAUUUCACCGAACUAUUCUCUCGGGCAAAAAAACAUGUCACUAUAGUAUACUGAAGUGGUGUGAUAGCAAUAGUAUCUUUCUGCGUGGUAAUUUUCCCUCCUGGAAUUUUCAGCACUCGUGUAUAUUUUGUUUUUUUUUUUUUCUACCCCGGUUGCGAGAAAAUUAAAAGGUGUUCAGCAUUCCGAAACAUCCUUUGUGAAUUGUAUUGUCUGCAAUUUUUUGUCCAUUUAUUUCUGUUCCACGAGCUUUUAGUCCUGUCCUAACGGAAAGUGGCCUGUCUUUUGUCCUCCACAAAAUCAAUAAAUAUAAAGAUAUAGAUGGACUGACUGGAUCACGAAUGCAUUUAUCAAUUAUUUAUUCAAGUUUUUCUUUUCCAAACUCUCAUUCUCUGCUCUUUUUUUUUAUUUGUUCCCCCCAUCCUUUUUCGUAUCGACUGACGGUGUAUUAUUUGUUAGUGGUAUUAUCGGUAAAAUGGUGAGAAAAGGCACAAAUUGAUUUGAACUGUCUCUGUGUUUUGUUAGAAGUGAUAUCAGGGAAUUUUGUGGAUGUUUUAACAUGGUGUGGAGGUACUCUCAACACCGGAUAAUUGACCUCUCACCUCAAUCAAGACACCUUCAGCAACAUGCCUCACUAUAAGCGUCGCAUCAGGAAUAGGUCUCUGUACUAUCAUUCAUCUCCACCGAAAGUUGUCAACGUCAAAGCGUCAAAUAUACGCAUCUGGAUCCAUGACAAAGACAUACCAAAGCUGACGAAAGUUCUGUGGGCCGGUCAGGGUAUGAAGUUGAGAUCGGAGAUUAGCACUCAUCCCAGGAUGAGGAGAUUUCUCGAGGCUGUUCCAUAUAUUUUGAAUGUGAUAAAAGACGUCCACACAGCUUGUGUGGACAAUGACGUGGACUAUCUUAUGAAGCGAACUGCUCAUCCAGUCCCACCAAUUGUCCUCUCAACCAAAGAUCAGAACGGCCUCACGGCGCUCCACAAAGCCGCCGGCCUGGCACAUACAAGGGCCGUAGAGUACCUGUUGUCAGUUUGGCCAGAAUCUGCAAUGGAAGUUGAUGACACGGGGAAGCUUCCAUUGCACUGGGCAGCAGCAGCUAAGAACAACGAGCGGACAUUCAAUCUGCUCGUUCAAGCUGGAGCCGACGAAACGGCCACCGAUCAUAAAAUGAAAGCCGCCGAGUAUUAUCGACAGAGACCCAGCGAAAUUGACAGAUCACUUCUCACCGUGAUCCCGGAAGCACCACGCAUCGCUCAAACAAUACAACCAGACUUCGAUUGGAGCAUAAUAACAGAGCCGAGCAAAUGGGCAGGCCAAACACGAGCAUCACUCAAAAAAUCGACAUCGCUAAUUUUGGAUCCAUCCAACGACAAAAGCACUGCUUUAGAUGGUAGACGCGGAGUGCAAUCUGAGAAAGCGUCAUUCAGUGUCAUUUCCAGGAAUGGGAGUCUCUCGUCCGACAACAUCGAUACAGCAUCGGAUGCCGCAACAAGUGUUACAACGCCAGAAACAGUCGAAGUCAACGGCUUUAAAAGUGAGGGUGAACUUCAGACUGAGGCAAUUCCCGAAGAGGAUGAAACAAUGCCGGGAAAUUUGCAUGAGGCAGCUGCCAAGACUGUUGCUUCCGUAGCCCCAUCGGCAAUAUUUGCUAAAUCAGCCAAAGCCACUGAGGGCCACAGAAGACCCCCAACACCCCACUAUCGUGUUUUUGAGGAGAAUUUUGCGACUGAAAGUGAUGCCAAUGAGGGUGAAACACCCACCGGAAAUGAUAGAGAUCAAUUGAAAACGGAGAUUUCUCCAAUUACAUCACCAGAGAAGACAAUUCCAACCCAGCCUGAAGGCAUAACGGAUGACGAAGGUCCCGAGACCUCCAUCCAAUUGGAAACUGUCGAGGAGAAGUCCCCCGAUGGCGCAGAAAUUGAGACAAUCACAGGGAACAGUGAGGUGAACAAUAAUGAGGAUUUAGGUUUGAUGGGGCAGAAUGAAUUGAAGGAUGAGGCAGAUGUGGCAGAUGAGGCAGUGACCUCAGUAGAAAGUGCUCCUGAAGUGCAAGAAACCAAACAACCCUCCGAGGUGAAUGAAGAGACAACACACCAAGAGGAUGAGACAACAGAAAAGACUGAAGGAAAUGACUUGGAUGGGGCCAAAAGUCCCGGGAUUAAGUCCCUCAUGACUGAUGACGAUGCACCCAACACAGAAGAUGCUCCCCAGAAUGACACCUCACCGGCGAAUUCAAUUAACCGAGUGCCAAGUGCUCAGCAAUAUGACGAUGAUAGUGCAGUCAACGCAAUUUCCCAGGAAUCCACUGAGGUGGGUGGAAAUGAGAUGGAUGGAGAAGUGGAUGAGGAACACCAAGAGAAGAACGAGGAGCCACCGGGUGGAGUGAUGGAGAUUGAGGGCAUUGUCCAGGGUGAGCCAGCGACAGGGCAACAGUCCGAAGGUGGAAAUAGAGUUGAUGAUGAGAAUGAUGAUGAGCAGAAAGAUCAACAGCAGACUGAUAAGAUUAAGGGUGCCAUUGAAGCAGGAGAUAUGGAGUACUUGGCUGCGAUUGUUCUCAAUGGUGAAGGAGGAAAAUUGAUAGGAUUGGAUACGACUCAGCCAGAGAUUCAGGCAUUCCUCGACAAUGUUCCAGCAUAUAUGGCCAAAAUACGUAGGGUCCACACAGCUGCGCGAGAAGGUAACCUUCGGGACCUUCAAUCUGCUCUCGAUCGACGCAAGUUUGCCGUUGCUAAAGACGAAAUCUCACCAAAUGGAGCAUCUCCCCUUCACGUUGCAACGAUUUUUGGUCAUACAGGAAUUGUAAGGUACCUAGCAGGACGUUUUCCGGAAACUAUGAGUGCUCUAGAUACUCAUAAGCGAACUGCCCUACACUACGCUGCAACGAUUCACGACAAUGGACACUUCUACAAUCUUCUCGUACAUUUGGGAGCUAAUCCAAAGGCCCAAGAUGAGGAUGGCAAUACAGCUGAAUUCUUCUUGAAACACGAUCGUGCUGAGAAAUUUCUCUCGCACAAGCAACUGCUGAGGAACUUUGGUGUUCAGGAGCAAUUGGCUGAUGAGAUGUUGAACGAUCAAGUGCCGGAUGAUGUCCACAGCGCACGACGCCUCCUUGAUGAUGCCGACAUACUAUCUACCCUUGAACGAUGCUUCAAGGUCAUUCACGACACCAGCCGAACACCCUCAAUUGCGGAAACUCCCGCAAGAAAUUCCAUUCCCGGAAGCCGAAUGUCUGCUAGAGUUACGGUUGUCAAUAACCUAGGACGCUUCCUCAAGCGCAACGUCUUCGAUAUGAUCAAAAUGCGUCAGACUAGGUUGGAUCACAAUCUCUUUGAUAUCAUCUGGCCAGCUAUGAAGAAGACCCAUCAACAGCGCUUGAUUGAUGAUGACAGUGAAGCCGGAGUCGUUAUACCCGAUUUCGAUUGCUACGUCGUCUUUAGGGAGUUUCUGGUUCCGCUUAUCAAAGAUAUUCACUGCUUAGAUGUUACUCAAAACCUUAAGCCGCAACCGUCGAGUAAUUUCUUCCCAGCCGGAUUGCAUGAUCCACCUGAUGAUAAAAAUGAAGAUUCCAAUUUGGAACCUGAAGCUUUGAAGAAUAUUCAUCUGAAUCUAGAUCAAUCAGGCAAAUGGAUCAAAUCCACUUUAGUUGAAUGCUGUCGAAAUUUGGAUGUCUUUGAACUUCCUCUAAAUCUAACAGUUGCUCAUUUGGAGCAUGUUGAACGAAUCCUGACUGGAAGAUUGCUCAGUAGGGACUUUUCUGAGGCUAUAGGGGAAGAGACCCUAGGACAGUACUACUCAAUGAAUGAAGUACUGGAAAGCCCUUCAGAGAUUCGGACAAUGCUUUCGACUUAUGGCUUGUUAAUCCCACUACUCGAUCCUGAAGAUACCUCUCAGUUGCCAGAAUCCUUAGCUCUGAACGGACAGUUUUGGCCCUAUGGAAGAGGGGUUUAUGUUAGUGCUUCUAAUGAUUUUGUUGCUUGGAUCAACUGUCAAGAACAUUUGCGUUUACUUUGUUGCACGCCUAGUUCAGCUGUAGCUGACAUAGGGGUGGCCUACUCCAAGAUCGGGAGAGCUGUUCAGUUCCUGGAUGAAAUUGUUACCUUCCGAAAUACCUACUAUCUUGGAAACCUAACUGCUAGACCUUCAUAUUUGGGAACGGGGCUUAAGCUGUCCUACAACAUUGCCUUGCCGCAUUUAAUGAAGGAGAGUGACAACCUGCGUCAUCUCUGUACGACUAGGAGCCUACAGCUAUCUAAACCUAAGUCAAAUCAAUACCAAUCCGGACUGAUUAAAUUGAGCAAUAAGCAGAGCCUAGGCCUGACUGAAUGGCGUCUGUUUAUUGAUUUCUGCACAGCUGUGGCUAACAUCUUGCAGCUGGAGAAGGAUAUAUCGCUAACCAAUACGAAGCAUAUCGCUUCAAUGUUUGUCAAUAUCUUUCGGAAGAAGAAGCAUAGCCUAGCUGAAGCUACUGGCAACUAAUAACCUAUUUCUGU